AUUGAGUGUAACUUGACUCCAGGUCGGCAGCCGAGAGUUGUUGAACGGACCGAAUCGGGGAGUCUGUGUGGGACCAACGAGUCUGUGACUGAGGUGUCCGGAGGGAAGCGGCAGAACCUGGAAACAUAUGAACUGAGAAGGUGKUUUGUGUCCUCUGGUCACCUGGAAUCAGGAUGCAGUUCUCAGUCAGACUGAGCUUCUUCCUGCUGGGCUUUGUUUUCAUCGCAGUGYUGCCUCACACAGCAAAAGGCCAAGUUUCAUCACCACGGAGAUUUCGUGCAAAAGUCCUGGGUCAGGACAAGCUUGAGGUGUCAUGGAAGGAGCCGAAAGGAGAUUUUGAAGGAUACAAGGUUAUUUACGUCACACGUCCAGGUGGACAACAGAAGGUGCUUGAACUAGCAAAGCAGGAAACGAAGCUGGUCAUUAAAGAUUAUGACCCCUCAAAAGAUUACAACUUUAAGAUCAGUGCUGUGAAUGGUGGGAAGGAGAGCAAACCUCUUCAAGGAAAACAUGAAGCUCAGCAAUCAGGCUCCGAAACGGCUCAGACCCAGGGGACUAAAAAGAGUGAUGUCACACGAGAAAACAACGAGAUCUCGGAAGCUGAAGAUGGAUUCAUGUGCAAGACUCCUGCCAUAGCUGACAUUGUGAUUCUGGUGGAUGGCUCUUGGAGUAUCGGUCGGAUCAACUUCAGGCUGGUUCGAGCCUUCCUUGAAAACCUUGUCACUGCCUUUUCUGUGGAAUUUGACAAAACAAGAAUUGGACUUGCUCAGUACAGUGGAGACCCCAGGAUUGAGUGGCAUCUGAAUGCUCACACUACCAAAGAGGCUGUGAUAGAGGCUGUGAAAAACCUGCCCUAUAAAGGAGGAAACACACUGACAGGUCUGGCUCUCACCUUUAUACUGGAAAACAGCUUCAAAGUAGAAUCUGGGUCCCGGCCUGGUGUUCCAAAAAUAGGAAUUCUCAUCACUGAUGGGAAGUCCCAAGACGAUGUGAUUCCUCCUGCCCAAAGCCUGAAGGAUGCUGGGAUAGAACUGUUUGCUGUUGGUGUGAAAAACGCAGAUGAAAACGAGCUGAAGGCCAUUGCGUCUCCUCCCGAGGAGACUCACGUCUACAACGUGGCAGACUUCAGUGUGAUGAGUGACAUCGUGGAAGGUCUCACCAAGACAGUCUGCGACCGUGUGGAGCAGCUUGACAAAAAAAUAAAAGGAGGAGGAGGAGAGCCAGCUCCACCCGUCACCUCCAUUGCAGCCCCUCGUAAUCUGGUGACAUCAGAGAUAACAGCUCGUAGUUUUCGGGUCACAUGGAACCACGCGCCGGGCCUAGUGGAGAAAUAUCGAGUGGUGUACUAUCCAGCCAGUGGAGGACAACCAGAAGAAAAGGUGGUUUUGGGGACGGAGAACAGCGUGGAGCUGACCUACCUGAACUCCCUCACAGAGUACCAGGUGGCCGUUUUUGCCGUCUACCGAAGCUCCGCCAGCGAGGCCCUGAGAGGAAGUGCCACCACAUUGGCACUGCCCACAGUGAACAACCUCGAGUUGUUUGAUAUCACUCACAGCACCAUGAGGGUCCGCUGGAAGAUCGCCGCGGGGGCUUCGGGGUACAUGAUCCUGUACGCCCCGCUGACUGAGCAAGAAGCUGCAGAUGAGAAGGAGGUGAAAGUGGGUGAUUCUGUAAAUGAGGUGGAGCUGGAAGGAUUAACUCCGGCCACUGAAUACACUGUGACGGUUUAUGCCAUGUAUGGAGAGGAGGCCAGUGAUCCCAUGACCAGUCAGCAGACCACAUUGCCACUCAUCCCAGCAAGUAACCUACGUUUCCAAGAUGUGGCCCACAGCUCAGUUCGCAUAACUUGGGAUUCCCCUUCCAGAUUGGUGCGAGGCUACCGUAUCAUGUACGUCAAGACCAGCGGAGUUCAAACUACUGAGGUGGACCUUGGUGCUGUGACGAGCCAUUUGCUCAAAAACCUGACCUCCCUGACGGAGUACACAGUCGGGGUCUUUGCUGUCUACAAAGAAGGAGAAGCUCCAGCAGUGACCGAAAGCUUCACCACAAAGAUUGUUCCAGACCCGAUGGAUCUGAAAAGCAGUGAUAUCUCCUCAGAAGGUUUCAGGGUGUCAUGGCAACACCCCGCCUCUGAUGUGGUGCUGUAUCGACUCACCUGGACACCCACCGAUGGGGGAGACAGUGAGGAGGUUCUGGUGAACGGAAACAUUAACACCUAUCUGAUCAAAGGACUGGAAGCCGCCGCCGAAUACGAAGUCCUCCUGGCUGCUAUCUUCACAAACGAGGUUGAGAGUGAUGAGAUAGUGCUAAUAGAAACCACUGCUAAGAGGACAACUACAGUUGCUACAACAACCACAACGACAUUAACACCUCGUUAUGCUGUGAAGAACCUGAAGAUCGAUGAAGAAACCACAUUUAGCAUUCGGGUGUCGUGGCAGGCUGUGGACUCCAGGAAUGUCCGUCAUUAUCGACUGACCUACAUCAGUGCCAGGGGAGACAGAGCAGAGGAGACGAGGACGGUGCCCUCAGGUCAAACCAGCCUGGUUCUGCAGCCUCUCCUUUCAGACACAGACUACAAAGUCACAGUGAUUCCUGUUUAUAAUGAGGGAGAUGGCCCCGUAUCCUCACAAAUGGGUCGGACACAUCCUCUUUCAGCUCCYAGGAACCUGCGAGUGUCAGAAGAAUGGUACAGCCGCUUCAGGAUCAGCUGGGAUGUUCCUCCUUCGCCCACUAUGGGCUACAGAGUCGUCUACCAGCCUCUUUCUGCCCCUGGACAGGCGCUGGAGACUUUUGUUGGCGAGGAUGUGAACACCAUGCUGAUCGUCAACCUCUUGAGUGGGACAGAGUACAGUGUCAAGGUCAUCGCGUCCUACACCACAGGAUCCAGCGAGGCUCUAACAGGAAAGGCCAAGACUUUGUAUCUUGGCGUAACCAAUUUGAGCACAUAUCAAGUGAGGAUGUCUGGUGUUUGUGCUCAGUGGGUGCCUCACCAGCAUGCCAGUACCUACMGACUGGUUAUUCAAUCUGUGACUGGUAGUCAGAAGCAGGAGACGAAGCUCGGUGGAGGCGCCAGCAGACACUGUUUCACCAGCCUGAAGCCCAACAUGGAGUAUAAGAUCAGCAUAUUCUCUCAGAUGCAGGACGGGACCGAAGGACCUGCUGUGACUGCAAAUGUGAAGACAUUACCAAUCCCAACACCAGCACCGGCCAAGCCCCCGACCACCACGCCRCCACCCACAAUCCCUCCUGCUAAGGAAGUUUGUAAGGCAGCCAAAGCAGACCUGGUCUUUUUAGUUGAUGGUUCCUGGAGUAUCGGUGACGACAACUUCCUGAAGAUUAUCCGUUUCCUGUACAGCACCGUCGGAGCUCUGGAUCGGAUAGGCCCAGAUGGCACACAGGUGGCCAUCGCCCAGUUCAGUGACGACGCUCGGACUGAGUUCAAGCUGAACUCCUACGGUAACAAAGAGCGUCUGCUUGAUGCCAUCAACAAGAUCUCCUACAAGGGAGGAAACACUAAAACAGGUCGAGCCAUCCAGCAUGUGAAGGAAAACAUCUUCACCGCUGAGGGAGGAGUCAGGAGAGGAAUCCCUAACGUCCUGGUGGUUCUGACUGAUGGCCGAUCCCAGGAUGAUGUCAAUAAAGUUUCCAAAGAGAUGCAGAUGUCAGGUUACAUUGUGUUUGCAAUCGGCUUCGCUGAUGCCGACUAUGGAGAGCUGGUGAGCAUCGCCAGCAAACCGAGCGACAGGCACGUCUUCUUCGUGGACGAYCUGGACGCCUUUCAGAGGAUCGAAGAGAAGCUGGUGACCUUUGUGUGCGAGGCCGCUACUGCGACUUGUCCAUCAAUACCAAUGAGUGGCAGCACAACCCCAGGUUUCCGUAUGAUGGAGCUGUUUGGACUUGUUGAAAAUAAGUACAACAGCAUCUCUGGUGUUUCCAUGGUACCUGGCACCUUCAAUGCCUUUCCCUGUUUCCACCUGCACAGCAACGCUCUGAUGGCACAGCCAACCAGGUUUAUCCAUCCUGAGGGGCUUCCCUCCGACUACACCAUCACCCUGCUGUUCAGAGUGCUGCCUGACACGCCGGAGGAGCCCUUUGCUAUCUGGGAGAUCCUCAAUAAGAACAACGAUCCGCUUACCGGAGUCAUCCUGGACAAUGGAGGAAAAACUCUGACAUUCUUCAACAACGACUACAGGGGAGAUUUUCAGACUGUCACAUUUGAAGGUCCAGAAAUCAAAAAACUCUUCUUCGGAAGCUUUCACAAGCUGCACAUUGCAAUCAGCAAGACGAGCGCCAAAGUGUUCAUCGACUGCAAAAUGGUGACAGAGAAGUUCAUCAACGCAGCAGGAAACAUCACCACAGACGGAGUGGAAGUUCUGGGCAGGAUGGUUCGCUCCCGAGAGAACAAGGACAACUCUGCACCGUUCCAGCUCCAGAACUUUGACAUUAUUUGCAGCACAUCCUGGGCCAACAGAGACAAGUGCUGUGAACUGCCUGGUCUGAGGAAGGAGGUAGACUGUCCAGCCUUACCCAAAGCCUGCACCUGCACACAGGACAGCAAAGGUCCAGCUGGUCCUCCCGGAGUGCCUGGCGGUCCUGGAAUCAGAGGGGCCAGAGGUGAUCGUGGAGAGCCGGGUCCAGUGGUAAGUUGUACUGCUUUACUCUUUUUAAAGCCACCGCUGUGUGGAAAGGGUGAUGAAAUCUKUAUCAUUCUGAAUGAAACUUAAAACCAGGUGUAAUUU